CCUCGCUUGGCCCGGCGGCCCAGAGGUAAAACCGGCGGCGGAGAGGGGAGCCUUCGAGCCCGGCUCCUGCCCCGCUGACAGCCGGCUCGACGCCCACCGCCCAGCCUCUUCCAUCCUCCUCCAUCCUCCCCCAUCCCCAUGCGGCCGGCCCACUGAUUUCCCCCCCCCCGCCCCAGGCCAGAGGCGGUCAUGGGGGGGACCCCUGGGGCGGAGCCCCCCGAGGGCGGCCGGGAGCUGGGUUCCUGCUGCAGACCCCUCCUGGGAGCACUCUGCCUCCUCUUCCUCCUCCUCCUCCUCGUCCCCCUCCCGUUGGUAGAGCUCCUGGAGAGCCUCGGAGACCCGGCCGGCCCCUCCCUGCAGAAGACUCAGGAAGAUACCAGAGCCGCUGGCGCCCCUGGCCCUCGGCCCCCCACCGUCCCGGCCCCCCUGCCCCGUCGGACCCGGAGACGACGCUACACCAUUACCCCAGGCAGGCUUCGUUGGGACCACUUCAACCUGACCUACAAGAUCCUGUCCUACCCCAGGAACCUCAUCAAUGAGAGCGAGACCCGGCGAGGGCUAGCGGCUGCCUUCCGCAUGUGGAGUGAGGUCUCCCCGUUCAAUUUCAAGGAGGUGCCUCGAAGCCGGCCCAGCGACCUCAAGAUUGGUUUCUACCCAAUCAACCACACGGACUGCCUGGUGUCCCUCCUCCACCACUGCUUUGACGGCACGACCGGCGAGCUGGCCCACGCCUUUUUCCCCCCAACCGGCGAGAUCCACUUUGACGACAGCGAAUACUGGAUUGUGGGCAACACCCGGUUCAGCUGGAAGAAAGGCGUGUGGCUCACGGACCUGGUCCAUGUGGCUGCCCACGAGAUAGGCCACGCGCUGGGCCUCAUGCACUCCCUGAAUGGGAACGCGCUGAUGCACAUCAACGCCACACUGACGGGCAAGAAGACCAUUUCACAGGACGAGAUGUGGGGCAUCCAUCGGCUCUAUGGCUGCCUGGACAGGCUCCAUCCCUGCCCAUCAUGGGCUCGGAGGGGUUUAUGCGACUCGCGCAGGAAGUUCAUGAAGAAAUUCUGCCCCAACAGCUGUGACUUUUGCUACGAGUUCCCCUUCCCGACGGUAGCCGCCACCCCUCCGCCCCCCAGAACCAAGACCAAGCUGGUGCCAGAGGGCAGGAACGUCACCUUCCGCUGCGGCCAGAAAAUCCUCCACAGGAAAGGCAAAGUGCACUGGUACAAGGACCGGGAGCUGCUGGAGUACUCCUACCCAGGCUACCUCGACCUGAGCGAUGCCCACAUGAGCGUCAUCGCCAACGCCAUCAAUGAGGGCACCUACACCUGCAUCGUGAAGAAGAAGGAGCGCAUCCUCACCACCUACUCCUGGCGGCUGCGUGUGAAGCGUUAAGUGGGGCCGGGGGUGGCUGGGGCCCCGGGCCAAAGAGCUCCCGCUCCCCUGUGCCCCUUCCUGUGGGGUGGGGGCUCAGGAACAGUGAGGCACCCGCUUCCCCAGAAUGGACUCUGUGGGCCAGGACAGAGGGGAGGGGGCAGCGGCGAGGCCAAUUGAGUGGGCUGAAGCCUGAGACUUUGCUACGGCGACUCCCAGCCCAGGCCGGCAGCCGGUGGGGGCACCCGGGUGAGGGGGGUGCUGCCGGACAGGGCCCGAAUGAUAAAUGCUUUUGCCAAAGAA